CGCGCGCAUUAGGACAUGGCAGAGUCCAGGAAACGCUCCCUUGGCCGGCCUGCGAGGACUACCUUGCCGGUUCCUCGGGACCUGCAGCUGCCCCCGACCAAGAGAGACCAGCCGGCCUUCAGAGAACAAAGAAAAGAAAAACUCAAGGAAUAUCUGUUAAUACGAAAAACAACGUUUCCAUACAAACAAGAGAAUCAGAUAUCCAGAGAUCAGAAAAUGGUGACAUCUGAGGAUCAGGUCCAAGAAGGGAAAAAAGUUGUGAAACUCAAAACAGAAGUGGCUGAUAAAGAAAAUAUUGGAAGUAUAGGUGAAAAAAACUGCGUUCCAUUAAAGGCUGAAGAAGUAUCAGGCUCAGAAACGCACCACCCGAAGGGCGACGUGCAAGCCGUGCAGCUGUUAGCCACCGGAGCGGAUUUCCCAGGUCAGCCCGUGACGUUAGACCAGGCAUGUCACCAUAAAGACAGUGCAGGAACGCAAGUGACGGCAGAGAAGCCGAAGCAAGACACUAACAUGUCUAAAAAACGAGUGCUUGGCUAUUAUCACGGCCAGAUUGUUCAGUCUAAGAUCAAUUCAUUCAGAAAGCUUCCCAGUGUCAAAGACGAGAGUCUCGCAGCAACCAAGAAACUCCCCACUACUGUGUCUAAAGCCGCGAAGGCUCACUGUGGGCCUGGGAAGGCCGUCAGUGUCAGAGCCUCAAACACAGCUGCUGCCACCAGGUCUGCAGACACUAACUCUGUGAGUGCCUUGUCCAAGAACACACUUGUGCGACCGCCUAUCCGAAGUCUCCAUAGUAGAACCCACGGCGGGACCCUCAGCGCUGCGAAGCAAGGCCUCAGUGGGACCCUUGACAGUGUUACAGUCAGAAAAGAGUCGCUUGAAAAGGAGUCACAUCGACCAGAACCGGUCCUGUCUGUUGUCAAAACCAGUUCUUCUCAGGACACAAAAAGAGGCAAGGCGCCACCAAGAAGCAUAGCAUGUAAAGAUGUAACCAGGACUAACUCAUCUAAUGCCAGGCUGACAGGAAAGUCCAGAGAUCCUGACCAGCGCAGAUACACCAUCGCAGGAGCGGCUGUCCUUAGAUCAGCUCGGCCCAAAGACACCACAGCAGACAGGAAAGCUCAGAUGACCGACUGGAGAACUGGCAAAGGGAAGGGGCUAAAAAGGCCUCCUCAUUCAGAGGUCACCCAGGCUGAGCCCAAGAGACAAAACGAAAACGCAGUUGGGUCCUUUUGGACCACCAUGGCAGAAGAAGACGAGCAGAGAUUAUUCACUGAAAAAGUAAACAAAACGAUUUCUGAGUGCCUGAACCUCAUUAAUAAGGGAUGCCCAAAAGAAGAAAUUUUAGCUACACUGAAUGACCUGAUUCAUAAUAUUCCAGAUGCCAAGAAACUUGUUAAAUAUUGGAUAUGUCUUGUACGUAUUGAGCCAAUCACAAGUCCUAUUGAAAAUAUUAUUUCAAUCUACGAGAAGGCCAUUCUGGCAGGGGCUCAGCCUAUUGAAGAGAUGCGACAUAUAAUCAUAGAUAUUCUAACAACGAAGAAUCAAGAAAAAGCCAAUUUGGGAGAAAAUAUUGAGGAGGCUCAUGCAACCAAGGAACAUAAUGUUGAAACUAAUCUCGGGUCAGGAAAACCAGAAGAGGAGAAUGAACAUCAUAGAAAAGUUGAUGUUUACGAAGACAAUCAGGAUAACAAAACAGAAGAUCCAACCAAUGAUCUCACAACCCCAGACUCAAAAGCCGAGGCAGGCUGCCUGAUUCGAUAUAAUGUAUCUUCUACACCACGCUUGCAAAGUAUGAAAAAGACGCAACAUGAUAAAAAUUCCACAUUUAAAGAGCUAAAGUUUCUGACACCCGUGAGACGUUCGCGCCGCAUUCAAGAGAAGACUUUACAACUGCCAGACAUGUUAAAAGACCAUGACCCUUCUGUGUCUUCCCUGGAACAGUUGUCCGAAUUGGGAGGGGAUGCUUUUGUUUGCCGCCCUAAUGCAGCCCUGUGCCCUCUCUUCUGUGAGACUGACGUUGUGGAGGAGGAAUAGCACUCCUGAGGCCUCAGCAGUUAUGGUUGCCUUGUGUACAACUUUACAAUAGGUCUGAUACUGUCUGCAUGCCUAAGUAUGAUACAGGUGAACACCAUUAGCCUGUUUAUUGUGUUUUAAAAAUAUGUUAGCUAUUUCACUUUACUAACUACUUUCAGUAAAGAAACGUAAUCAGAAAACGUAGCCUAUAUAAAUUUAUAUUUUUACAUUGACUUUGUUCCUAAUAUGUUUAUAAUAAAUAUGUGUGUAUAAAUAUGUAUGAUGUUCCAAUGACAUUUCAUUAAUUGAGUGACUUAUUUAACGAUGGAACUGACUUUAGGACCCAACUGUGGGGCUGUAGCCAGCUGCCUAUGGCGUUUAUUUCAACAAAUAGGUUCUGGGGCUCUCAGAUGUGCUCCUAGUAAAGCACUUGCCUAAUGUACAAGGCCCUGGACCUAGUCCUUAGCACCACAAGAAAAACUACUUUGUAAAAUGUCCUUUAACCACAGUAACCAAAUGUAAACUUAGUUUUUGAAA